UUUUUUUUUGUAAAUAAAUUUCCAAAGCAAAUAAUAUAUUAAUAUUGUGACGUUUUUUUUUCAUCGAAUGUUAUAGAUUUCAACUAUACCGGUGAUGAUUUAUCAUUUGUGUAAAUUUAUUGUCAAAAUAGAUGUGUCUAUGAAGAAUUGACAAAAGAGAAAAUUGAUAUACAUCAUUAAAAAAUUGACAAUUUUUCGAUUUAUUUUCUAUAAAGGAACAUGUCCGCCCUCCGGUUGGCGUCAUCGUUAAUCUUUUGUUUACGACAUUGUUUUACCAUUAAAUAAAAGCAAAUAAUUACUUCAAAUGUAUUUUUAUUAUAAGCAUGAAUAAUAGAAUUCAUUUGCUAUUUAUCAUCGACAAAUAAUGACUGAUCGAAAAUUAUGCCGGCUUUGUGCCGACACGAAAGAGAAUUUUAUUGGAAUUUACGACGCUGAGGGUCAAAAAUUAGCUAUAGAUGCUAAAAUUAUCAAGUGUCUUCAAAUUCAGGUUUUAAUAAAUGAUGAUUUGCCAUUGAUAGUAUGCAUUGAUUGUUGUGUACAAUUGAAUUUAUGCAGUGAAUUUUUUGAAAAAACAAAUAAAGCUCAAAUAUCACUUCGUCAAUUGUUGAUUAAUUCAAAAUCAGAGCCUCGUUCAAUUGAAGGAAAUUAUAUUGAUAAAACAAUUGUCGUUGAGUCCCUUAAGGAAGAACAAAACGAAAGAAUUGUUGAAUUUCCAUCAGAUCAUAAUUACAUUGAUAAUACUAUUAUUGAAAAUAAUUCUGAUAAUCUUGAUCAUCAUUCAAUUGAUAUUAGUAAUAGCAUUGAAAUUGGUAGUACAGUGGAAAUUAAUAAUAUUUAUUUUGCCGAUGGUAGUUUGGAUAUUAAAUCGAAAUAUGAAACAGAAAUUAAUUUAAAUGAAAGUAAAAAUAGAAAAUGUAAGGUGACAGUGAAGAAAAAUGUGACAAAACAAUCGAAAAGAAGAGUGAAAAAACGUAAUCAAUCGCAAAAAAUGGAUGAUCAAGAAUUGGAUGUUACUUCUGAUAUGGAAGAUGAAUUAAAUGGACUUGAUGCAAAGUCAAGUACAAAAAUUCCUGAUAAUUACAUGACAGGAACGGAAUCUGAUAUGGAAAUGAUAGGAGCAAGAGCUGAAGAACCCGAUACACCUGGUCGAAAAAGAGGGAAAGGAUUAGACAGGUAUCCAUGGUUAUGUACAGAUUGCAAUGAUAAGUUGCCGAGCUUAGAAGCAUUGCAAACUCAUCACAUAGUAGUUCACAAUCAGCAAGCGAAGUACAUGUGCGUUCAAUGCUGCAAAGUAUAUGAAAAAUAUUAUGGAUUUUUAACUCAUGUUAAAAGGCAUCGAACUAAAUCCAAAUACAACUGUGAAGAUUGUGGUAAAUCAUUUGUUCAUAAAAAAGUAUUAGAGUCUCAUAAAUCAAUUCAUAGUCAAGAUCGUCCUCACGUUUGUGCCACAUGUGGAAAAAGUUUUAGACAACAAAGCGCAUUAUAUAUUCAUAGUCGUUGUCAUUUGCCAGAAAGUAUGAAAAAUCGCUAUGAAUGUGAUCAGUGCGAUAAAAGAUUUUCCACGAAGCCAAAUUUAGUGACGCACAAAAGAAUUCAUUCGGGUGUGAGAAAUUUUACCUGCGAUCAAUGUGGUAAAAGUUUUAUUCAAAAGGGAAAUUUAGAAGCUCAUUUUUUAACGCAUUCCGCUGAUAAGCCGUACACUUGUAGUCAGUGUCCUAAAGCUUUCAAGACUCCUUUACAAUUGAAGAAACAUGAGACUGUUCACACUGGCGCUAAGCCUCAUCAAUGCGCCGUUUGCGGUCGAACUUUUCGCGAAAAGGGAACAUUGCGCGAACAUCAUCGAAUUCACACGGGAGCAAUGCCAUUUACAUGUGAAUUUUGUGGCAAAAGUUUUCGUUUCAAGGGAAUUUUAACAACGCAUAGAAGACAACAUACAGGUGAAAGACCCUACAGUUGUUUAGAAUGUCAACAUCAUUUUACUAAUUGGCCAAAUUAUAAUAAGCAUAUGAAACGCAGACACGGAAUUAACACAUCUCACACAAAACAUCUUCAGCCUUCUCAACAACAACAGCAGCAGCAACAACAACAAGAAAUUCAAUCAACUCAAGGCAUUACCGAAGAUCCGCUCACACAUUCUCAAUCAACAACCACAACUGUUCAAGUAAUUCAAAGUGUGCCCCAUUCAUCUGUCUCGCAGCCAAUAGUCGUUCAAACAAUUCCAUCAACGCCGGUUCAAAGUUUUCAACCGGAAGUCACAGAUAUCGUUCAAGAUGCAGUGUUUCGCGAGAAUAGAAACACAACAUAUUUGAAUGCCGUGCCAACAACAUUGCAAACAUUUCUCACACCGAAUAAUAUACCAUAUAAUUUUUACAAUAUUUCGAACGUCACUGAAACUGAUUUGAUUCAGCACAGGUAAAGGUCAAGCGCUAAGUGAAAGGAGAUGUCAUAUAUAUGUAAGUUAUCUAAAAUGGCCAUAAUUAAUAACUUGUUUAUUAUAAUUUUUUUUUCAUCGUUAAUGAAGACGAUUUCAAUAAUUUUUUUUAAAUAUAUAAUUUGCCUAUAUAUAUAUAUACCUGUGAACUUCAAGUUUAUGAAGAUUAUAAAGUUAUAAAGACUGCAUGAGCUGCCAGAUGCAAAAUUUCAUAAAUUGAAAUAAUUAUUAUACUUAAUAGUAAUAAUAACAUUAAUAAUAAUUAUUAUUACUAUA